GAAACAAUUACAGGGGCAUGUUUUAGAUUCUCCGAAAUUAGAGGGGAAAUCAUGCAAAAAGAUAGAAGUUAGCGCCUUUUUUUUUUCCUUCUCCAACCCAACGAAACGAAACAACGCGAAGACCAAAAACAAAUCCAGCUUUCGCUUGCUCGCGCGCUCCCCGUUCCCUGAAGCGAUGAGUCUCUUCGGUCUAGGCAGCAGAAAUCAAAGGACUUUCCGCCCAAAGAAGACUGGACCGACAGGGAGUAAGGGGGCUCAACUCAGAAAGCAUAUUGAUGCCACACUUGGUAGUGGAAACUUGAGGGAAGCAGUUAGACUUCCAACUGGGGAGGAUUUGAAUGAAUGGCUGGCUGUUAACACUGUGGAUUUCUUCAACCAGGUGAAUUUGCUAUAUGGUACCCUCACAGAGUUCUGUACUCCUGAGAAUUGUCCUACAAUGACUGCAGGACCCAAGUACGAGUACAGGUGGGCUGAUGGUGUACAAAUCAAAAAGCCUAUUGAAGUGUCUGCUCCAAGAUAUGUUGAAUAUUUAAUGGAUUGGAUUGAAUCUCAGCUUGACGACGAAUCAAUAUUUCCUCAAAAGCUUGGUACACCAUUUCCUCCCAACUUUAAGGAGGUCGUAAAAACGAUAUUCAAAAGGUUGUUCCGUGUAUAUGCCCACAUUUAUCACUCUCACUUCCAGAAAAUUGUGAGCCUUAAGGAGGAAGCACAUUUAAAUACAUGCUUCAAGCAUUUCAUACUCUUUACCUGCGAAUUUGGUUUAAUUGACAAAAAGGAGCUGGCUCCACUUCAGGAGCUGAUUGAAUCGAUUAUUGUUCCUUACUGAACAGGGUUUGCUUUGCAUAACUGGGGGAAGAUCCUAUUCUAGGGACAGCUAAUUAAUAAAAUAAUCAAUUGCUUUCUGCAUUUUACUGUAAUGUCUGUGUAUGUGGCGUUGUUGUUGUGUGUAAAUGUUUCUGUAUUUGGAUAUUUUAAGGUUGUGGAUGCUUUGAUGCUUCUGCUGUUCCCAUGGGCCAAGCUGAUUAAAGAAAACCAGCUUCUUGAUUCAAAGGGAAAUGAAGUUGAAGGCUUGCUAGUUUAAUGUCUCACAUGAGAUUGCUUUUCAGUAGAGGUAAACUGUUUGGGGUGGUAAAAAUGUUGCCUUUCCAUCUUUGAACUACAUUUUAAAAUUUUUACUAUAUGUAUUUAUAUGUUCAGAGCAUGGAGUAAAAUUUCUCUCAUGUUAGCAUAUUCCCAUCUAACGUCUUCAUACAUUGAUAUGAUGCCGUGGAAAUGUCGAAAAUGUCAAAAACUGCAAAAGGAUGUCGUUGAGAUAUCGAUUGCCGAUUGGAGGCUUACUUUUAGUUGAUUUGUAUGACUCUUGUGAUUUUAGAGGUCUGUUUGGUGACAUUCUUA